GUCACAGCAGACGACGCGCCGCAUACGUGAAAACGCGAAGUUGCAGAACGAAGCGAAAAGAGCGCAAACUCUAGAAAAGAGCGGCAGGGCCAAACAUUAAGUGAAAAACUGGUCAUAAAAAACGCCGUCAAAAUUAAUAAAAACGCGCAAAACGCAAGUCGCAAGUCGCUGACUAAAAUGGCUAUACAGCUGGACAAAAUUCUGGCCGACAUUGCCAAGGAAAAGGCUCUGCAUCCGAAUAAUACGAGUGCCACCAAACAGGAGCAGGACGAUGCUUGGGCGCGAAUUGGGCGCCUCAACAAGCUCACUGUGCAUGAGUCGCGCUCUAUUUUCAUAGUUCUGCAAAAGAAAUACGAACAGGAGAAACUUAAAGGAAAUUCAGGAUGGAAAUUGUAUGGACUAAUGCAGAAGAUCCAUCAGGAGCCGAAGAUCAAGACGGAAGAUGAACAAUUGCCCAUGGAGGAAGUAGAGGAAUAUGAAAUGUUGGAGGUGCAGGAGCAGGAAGAAGAUGAUGAUGGCUCCGCCAACGCGAAUCCACGACAAUUUGGUCAAGCAACCAAUUCCACAGGUUCGGCUAGCUUAGAUGGCGACAGUCCGACAAAAUCGAGUAGCACUGGCGGCGGCACUCCAGAAAAGGACGUUAAGCCGUAUGCAAAACCAAACGUAGAUACACCGCGUCCAGCAUUUGAAGAGAAGAAGCUGCUCAAUACAAUGGCCAACAAUCCGCAGCGCUCCAACUCACAAUCGAAUGCGGUUUCCGUGGCAGCCGCUGCACUUCAAAAGAAGGGCAUAACUUUGAAAAAGACGCCUAGCAGCGCCGCCGCAGCUGGACACAAGUCGGCGUCCGGAGCAGCGACACAGCAGUCGCAGUUGAGCAGCAAUAAAACAAUGUCCUCGGUACGCACCACAAUUCAACUGCCCGAUUCAAUGAAACGCAAGCUCUCGGACGAAUGCUCCAAUACGCCGGUGCAAAAGAAGCUACAAAGGAAUCAGACUAGCCCCAAGAGCACCCAUACAUCAGGAGGAGGAGGAACAGCGGUAGCAGCAGCUACAGCUACAGCCUCUGCCGAGCCCACAACUCCAACGAGUGCGACAUCGAAUGUGGUUCACACGACUACAGCUCAACUGCUGCAGGUAAAGAAGGAUCGCGAGAGCAAUCAGUCACCACCUCCAGGCAUUAACAUUAUAACCAUACCUGCCUCACAGCAGAUCAAUGGGAAUCUUGUUAGUGGCGGCGCAGCCAACUCCUCGACAGGGGCUACCAUGGCCUCCACAUCCGUGGCCAGCACCAAUGGCUAUUCGCCGCAUCUGGAAGAGCUCAAUGAAAUCAUCUUUGAUUCUGGCAAAGUGAAUGCAAGCUCCCACAAUACUGCUGAGAUUAUUAACUUAGGCAAUUUCGACAAUUCGCUGCCGCCGACAUUCUUCAAGAAUCUGUGCAACUCGACGCGCCACGAAGCCCUUGGCCUCUACGUGGCAAAUGUGAUGAAUCGAAUCUCACAGCGUGGCGCCGCCAAACUGGAGCUGGGCAUACUUCGAGCCAUCGUGGACGUACAAAGUGACGAGCUGGAGCAGUAACCGGCCACAGACGAGAUUCGCAGAAGGAGCAAUCCCCUCCCCCCUUAGAAGUAGUAAAGUAGAGAAGUGUUCGCGCAACAGAUAACUCGAUUUACGAUUUUAUUCAGUGGCGUUUACACGAGUUCUGGUUUACACUUGUCUGA